AUGGCACAUAGAAAUGUAACUAGUCCAACAAUUAUUCGUGAAAAAACAAAAAUUUAUCGUUUAUCACAAUAUCCAAGUUCACUUGGUGUUGCAGGUUCAACAUCUUAUGAAAAUAAAAGUUUAUUAUUUGCUUCUGAUGAAGAUAAUAUUUCAACAGAAUCAGCAAAUGAUAUGAGUUCAAAAGAAGACUUAGAUGAAGUCGAAGAUAAAAGGCCAGAUAUGCCAGCAAAAAAAAAAAAACUUGAUACAACUAAUGAUUCACUAGAAAUUGCUAGUAUUUAUAAAUAUUUACAUAUUCUAACUGCUAUAUUCGGUGCAUUUGCUCAUGAUAGAAAUGAUGUCAGUGGUUUUAUAAUUGAAAUUUCAACUGCAUUUACAGUACUUGUUGCAUCGAAUUUGUCAAUUCCAAUAAGUACAACUCAUUGUCGAGUUGUUAGUGUUGAAGCAAUUGAUUGUGUGCGUUCAAAACAAAGUGUUGAUAGCUCUUUAUUUCGAAAUAUUAUUGUUGCAUGGAUUGUCACAGUUCCUGUAACUGGUGGAAUAGCAGCUGGUGUAGUGGCUCUUUUUUGUCUUGUGUUUUUAUAA